AGGCUUUCUGUCAACUACGAACUCUCGGACGGAAAAGAUACCCUGUCAACAUAUCGCGACGUGUAUGAUCGACACGAAAAGUUCUCUAUAAUCCAACAGUUUUACAGUGAAACGUUUCGUUGAUAACGUGACACUCGGACAAAAUUCGACACCGUGUGCGAUUGUGAACGUCGGUUUACACUUCGUUUUGUAUUCCGUGCGUGUAAACGUUAGGUAACAGCCUUCAGUGAAAUUCUGUUUACAUUCGAAGUCGUGCCCAAGUAUCGACACAACUUGUUCAGGAGUGUAUAUAACGGAUAGUGAUAGAGGAAUAUAAUUUAAUCACGAAAUACCUACACCUUAUGAGGAUUAUAUGGGUUCAUGGAGGACAAGUGAUCGGAUGCAGCAAGUGUGAUUAGAGUGAUACAGUGAUACUGUUCGAUCGUAUCGAUCGAUAGGAAGAGAGAUGGUGACAAUUAACCAUAUCGCGAGGCAGUGUCACGUGGUGUGCGGCUAAGUGGCACGUGGCUGUGUCUCGUUUGAAUGCGUUUUAGAGUGACACAGGAAGCAUCUCUUAGUUUUCUGCAGCAGGUUACCAGAAGUCAACGCGGAAGCCGACUACUGCAGUACCGUAAACACAUUGUACAGUAGAGUGUACGUAAAUCAUUAGACGAAACAAUCUCUUUGAAAUUGUAUUUAAUUCCAUUGGAACACCUAAAUGUUGUUUAAUUGGAUGAUUAACGAACUGAGAGGAAUAUAGUCGAAUGGUAUCGUCGGUGAAAAACAUGUGUCUUUCAGGAAAAUAGUGGAUAAUUAAUUCGGUUACUAAUUAGUCGCUGACCAAAGUGACAAAUACGGGUGGUUGACGAACUGGUUGGUUCGACGGAUUUGCUGAUUAAACUCGCCAUCGGAUGACCUGGUAGUGUUCGGAUGAAAGGGCGGGCUAAUGAGACCGGGGAGACGCCUCGAAACCUUCUCGUAAGAACGCGGUAGAUACCGGAAGGACGGACGGAAAGUAUCGGCAAGAUUGGCAAUUUCCAUCGAGAGUGGAUAGAAAAAAGAUGUGGGUCACUUGAAGUAUAUGAGCAACUGCAACCGGUUUCUCUUAGCUAUUAUCGAGCAACUAAGCGAUCCGUGAGCUUCAGCAGUGCGUAUGGUCAAGAGUCUGGGAUAAUAGUGAUGUGAGAAUUUUGAAAAAAUUAAAUGAGUUUUAUCGUGAGAUUAUAAAAAGUGGUCAAAGGUGAUUUAAACAUAGUGUCGACAAAAUGAUUUGUUAAGAAUAUUUCAAGUUUGAAAUGAAUUUCCAAUAUAAGGAUUAAAUGUAUGUAAAUUUCUCAAAGUCGAUCUAUCGCUUCGAGUUAUGGUGAUCGAACUGAUCUAGGUAUCUAUAAAUUCUAAUAGAUUGGAUUAUUGGAAACGUUUGAAGCUUGUGCCCCAACGUUACACGAAGAAAAUAUAUAUACAUCCGUUAAAGAGAAGCUAUUUCCUCGAUUUACGUUCCAGCAUAGAAAUAUAAUUAUAAAAGAUGAUCGACGUGAUUUGUGUGUCUAUAAAUCGGAUUAUCGGAACUGGAUAAAUUGGAUUCUUGUUGAAACAUAAAUCUCCUAAAAACCAUCUAUUUCCCCGACAUACGUUCCGCUAUAAAAACAUAAUUAUAAAAAGUGACAAAAGCGAUUUAAGUAUCUAUAAAUUUCAUUAGAUUGGAUUACUCGAUCUAAUCGAGUCUGUGAUCCAAAGAUACACGAAAAAGAUACGAAUUGUCUUAUAAAGGAUUUAUUUCCUCAAUCUACAUUAUCCAGUUAUAAUUAUAAAGUGUAAUUAAAGUGAUUCUAUCUGUCUAUAAAUCCGUGCAUUAAACUAGAUUAAAACAAAAGAAGAAGAAAACCUAAAUCUCCAAAGAGUGACUUAUAUUGUUAAUUUUUAAGCAAAGGAUCAAUCCAAAAUAGAAGAACUCUGAUAAUAGCGAUAUUUCUGAUCAAGCCCAAAAAUCAAUGUUUCAAUAAUCUGGAAUCACGAAUAAAGAGCGGAGGAAACGUUCGAGACGGUAUUACAUCUCGCCACCUCGAUCCAAACGAUCCGAAUGUCCCCGCCCAUCGAACGUUUCGACGUUCGGUGUCGACCACGAAUUGCUGGAAGAAUUCGAAGGAGCCUUUGAAAUUCUAGGACGAGAUCGGAAAAGAGCAAGAGGAUAAAAGGGAGGAGAGGAAGUGUAAUCUAGUAAGGUGGAAACUCGCCAAGUGGUAAAGAAGUGCGAGGUGUCCUGGAUCGAGGCUAUCCAGGUGUCCCAAUCUGUUGGAUUAACAGUCGCAGGGUGCAAAUUACAAGACGCGAGUGGUUCCCUCGAGGGACGACCGGUCUGCGCGGAGACAUUUCUCAGAUGUCGAGCGAACGAUGAAGCACUCGAGGCGAGCGAGUGGCUCGAGUGUCACUUCGAUCGCGAGCGAUUCGUGUUCCAGGUGCAAGGGGAUGUGUCCGACGAAAAUGCGGCUCGCGCUACUGCUGCUCUGCUCUCUGUUCGGGACAGGAGCCUCCAUACAGCUUCUAAGGCUAGAUGUGCCGAAGAUGGCGGACCCAAGAUGGGAGAAGGUGAUACUAAAAUGCGAGUACGAUCUGGGCGGUGAGGAUUUGUAUUCCGUCAAAUGGUACAAGGACGGGGCUGAGUUCUUCAGGUUCAUGCCAGGCUCGAGACCUCCUGGCCGUAAUUUCUCCGUUGAUGGAAUAUACGUUGACGUGAACAAGAGCGACAGCAAACAGGUGACGCUGUUGGGACAGGCGAACAAUCGAAGAGGUAAGGUGAACCUCAUGGGAUCGUACGGUUGCGAGGUGUCCUCGGAGGGGCCCAGUUUUCUUACGAUCUACGGCGAGGCAAACAUGAGCGUUGCUAUCCCACCAAAGGAACGACCCAGUCUGCGCGGUCUUCGACCGUCUUACGAAGUGGGUGAGACACUCCAAGUGGAAUGCAGUUCCGCGGCCAGCUACCCUCCAGCCCAGCUCGUCUUUAUCCUCAACGGGAAAGAGGUGAACAAAGUGUUGACCAGAGAAUUGCCAAGCUCAGCCUCCUCAGAGGAUAACAUCGUAUCCUCGACGCGACUAGGGCUGACUCUACGCCUGGAACGACACCAUUUCCCCGGAGGAACUUUGAAUCUCAGCUGUCAGUCCACUUUGCCAGGGAUCAUGGACGCGAGGGCGCUUGAGAGAACGGAAACCGCAACGUUGGCCGCCAGCAAUCAACGACUGGCGCAAGAACCGCCUAGAUCCGGAUGCAUCGUAAACCUUCCAUCCCUGUUCGUCAUGACCUGCUGUUUCUUACUGCGAUCGUUUAAUCACGGUAUAUUAGCAGUUUCUUAUGUUUAACCUACGACCAGUUGGAAAUCGCCACUGGAGCUCGUUCGAUCGUUCUGGGAUCACUUUGUUCGGUAAUGUUACUUUACAGGUUUGGGUAUACUCUGAUUGAAAUAUAAAUAAAAAUAUUGUAUCGUUUUAGAUGCUUUAUUAGUUUUAUUUUGGAAUUAAUUAAAUGUUUAAAAGUAACAUAAGAACUAUUUUGUGUCCAAAUUCGAUAAUUGUAUAUUUUAUGUUUUAGUCAAUUCUUUCAAACAAAAGUAUAAACAAUUUGGAUUUUAAUAUAAAAUUGAAUUUUAAAUGGCAUGUGUUUGAAACUUAUGUGGUACAACUAGGUUGUUAUAUAAUAUAUAUAACAAGAUUUGCAUCCAGAGUAAUUUUAUAUCUAAUUAUAUUUUAAUAAUACGUAUUUGAAAAAUUAUGAAAUAAUCGGUUCUCGAAUAUUUUAUUUACAUAAAACAUAUUCACGACUAUCAAUCGAAUAUGCUCAAGCUUGUUGCCUCUCAAAUAUCGAAAGAAGCCAAAAGAUCCAACUUUUCUUCUGCUAGUGUGUGAUUUCGUUUCUCCUGCGGAAGCUCUCGUUGAUAUUUCGUGCGAGCAAUUUUUAAGAAAUUUCCCUAAUUUUUCAAUGCAACUGAAGAUUAAAAAAAAUUAGAUUUCAUUAGCCUUUUUAAAUUUUAGGCCGAUAUUAGUCAGGAAAACAACUUUUUUUUUAUUCUUCGCUAUCACUGUGAAAUUCAUCGUAUCACAGAAAAUUGCUCGCAUUAGACGUCUUCUCAGUCACAUUCGCGGGCAAAACUUUUUUCUUAACUUUUCACUGACAAAGAGAAAAUCUUACAAAAAGAAGAAGAGACAAAAUUACUGUUACUAGGCUUUUUGAAUUCGUUUGUUAGGCGAAAAUUAGCCUUGAAACGAAUUUUUUCUUCACUGCCACCAUGAAAUUUCGUUGCUCAUGCAGAAAAGACUCUUGUUAAAAAUAAUUCCACGAAGGAAUUUUACGUACACGCAUGUAAUAUGUUAAUAUACGUGUGAAUAAAUGCAUAGGAUGAAUAAAGUACGUGAAGUAUAUGAUUCAAGUAUAUCAAUGGUCAUGUAGAGGAGAUGGAAAGCGAAGAUGAAAAAGCUCUAUAGCAAUAUAAUUUAAUUGAAACAGCGAGUCGUUUACGCAAGACGCGACAUUGUACAUAGUGUAUGAUUGUGAAUUAGAUUUAUGACGGUGUGUAAUUAAAAAAAAGAGAGGGUGGGUCGGGGUAAACACGGUGAAAGUAAGCAGGAGAAUUCAUUAGGAUCUCGAUGAGGAUGAAGUGAUAUCACAAUCACGCGACGUGUGAUUCGUUUUACGAAUAUUAAAAAAUAAAGCGAGAGAGUGAUUGGUAUCGAACGACAAAAGGCAUAAAUUUGAAUCGAUGGCGGUUGAAGUAUAGGGAGAUUCACGUUUAUGGCGUUCGGGAUAAUUGAACUGUUCUUUUUUUUCUCUUGGAUCUCUCGACGCAUCCUUUUUGGUGGCGUACAAGAAUUUAUAUAUACAUACAUAAAUAUAUUAUAUAUAUACAUAUACGUAUAUGUAUACACGAUGAUGAAUUCGUCAUAUUUACGUUUUACUGUAAUUUUACAUGAUCCAUAUCUGAUCGUUAUGACAUUUCAAACAAUAAAGAGGAACAUCAGGCAGAA